CCAGUUUUUUUCUAAAGAGGGCGGAUUAGUUCAGGUGUGUCCUGGUUUAACCAUUAAACCUUUAUGCAGUUGAAGUUCCUCUGCUGACAUCUUGAAAUCACAGCUGAGCUUUGGCAACGUAGUGUCAUUCUGCUCCUGGUUUUCUGGAAAAAUGUUGGAUAAAAUCUUGUUCCUGCUCUGUUUGGCGUCUGCUUUGGCAGAUGAGCGCUGCAUGCCAGAUACUCCACACGGCUUCCAAGUUCGACUCAGUAUCAAAACUGCUCUUGGAGAUGAAGCUUAUGUCUGGAAUGAAAAUGAAAUGUUCCUUUUCCGAGCAUCUCUGGCUUUUGCUAUGAGGAACCACAUGAACGGACAGCAAUUUGAAGUGUCGAAUAUCAUCGUGUGCAAUGAGACCAUGAGAGUGUCCUUCUGGUUUAUCGUGACGUCGCCGCUGGACACUUCGCAACUUAUUGAUCAAGAAAAUGUGGAGGCUGCUAUCAGACAAUCCAGGAAUCGCAUCAACAGCGCCUUUCUGCUGACUGAUAAAACUCUGGAGUUUGUCGACAUCCUUCCUACCCUGGCGACACUGUACACUCAUCCCACCCCCCCAUGGCUCAUUGUGUUCGGGGUGGUCAUGGGUGCGGUCGGCGCCGGCAUCAUCAUCAUGCUCGUUUCCUCUGUGGUCCAAAAGAAACGCAAGACAAAUGGGAAACCACAAGACAAGGACGAUGAUGAAGAGACUCGCGUGAAAACGGUGGAGAACGGUGAUGCACAUGAUGGUGUUCAUAACAUGUCAUUCUCAGAAGAUGAGCGAUUCACAAAAAUGUAAAAUGCUUCUAACAGAAACUCUUCCAUGUCAGUGACAUAGGGAAAAGAAUGUUAUCCAGCUGCUCUGUGUGGAAUCUUGUUGCACUACAAUGUUUUUAUCUAUCUGCAAAAUCAUGUCAUUUUAGUAACAGGUACUAGUUUUAAGAAACUGAUUUUAAAAGUUCAUGAUUUUAUCCCAAAGGUCAUCUGCUGAACAUUUCAAUACUGCCGUGACGAUCUGCCUUAAACAGAAAUCAACCUGUCAUUUUUUGAUGCCACUACUUUCACUUCAUAAAUAGAUGUAUACAUUUCUGGUGUUGACGGAUGAUGAAGUAAGAAUCUCUGUUUGACAGGGUUUGUGUGCGGAUAUUUUGCAAAUCUGUCCUGUCUUUGAAACAAAAUCUGGUAAUUGUUUUCACCAUUUACAAGCAAGAAACUUGUCAUUCACAACCUGAUUUGGGAACCGUCGUAAAACGCUGUGUCAGAAUACUCACACAUUUGCUUAUCUGUGCUCAUUGUUGGUACAAAGUUGCAGAAAAAUGUCUGAACAAGUGUGAAACUGUGGUCAGUUCAAAAUAUAAUGUUUGACUUACACUAUAGUGCCUCCUGCAGACUAUUUCAGGUAAAGUAACAUGUCACUCUCCCCCAGUGGUUCUGCAUUAAUGGUCAUUUUUUCCACACAUGCUAAAAGAAACACAUCUGUUGAUAUCCAUAGACACCGAGUGUUAUGGUAGAAACUUCCCCAGGUAGCAUUUUAGUUCAGGGUUAUCAACUAUUUUCAUUUAAUGAUCCCAUAACUUAAAGUAACUUAGUGAUUUUGAUAAGUUCAGCCAAAAACGUUUACGUAAAACAAACAAACAAACAAACAAACAAAAAAACAACAGAACUGAACAUCUUAAUCUCAUGACACCCCUUGAUAUAUUUCAAAACCAUUUGUGGGUGCUGAAAAAUGCAAAUAUUUAUGUAAAAAUGCGCAAAAAUUCCUGGAACAUGGAGGUGAGACUGACACUAUUCAAUAAAUGUAACACUACUGAAUUCAUACUUUACACUAAUGAUGAUAAAUUAUAUCUAUUGAUUUCUACAAUUAUUAAUAUAAUAAAUAAAGCGCAUGAUGAGCUCAAGCUGAUGCACUACAAUUUAA